CAUAUACUGACAAAUCAAGGGUCAGGAUGCUGUUCCAGAAUAGAAUAAUUACAGUGUAAGGAAAAAAGGAAAGUUAUUAGAGGAAAAAGAAAACUAUGGAAAUCAUAAAUAAAAGGUCAUGUUCUGCAAUAGUUGACAUAUUUCUAACAGAAGUGGACAGGAGAUGGACGACUUAACAUCAAAAUUGAAUAACUGUGAUACUUGUGAUUGCAUUCAAAACGGAUUUCUGGCAAAUGUAAGGGAAGAGACUGGCUCAGCGUGUGGCGAAAGUAAUCGAGAAGGUGAAGAAAAUGAAUCUUCGGGAAAUGACGGGGUGAAUGAAGAAGAAUACUUGAAUGAUAGCUUUGAGGAAGAUGACGAUGUAUCGGAUUAUUAUGAGCCAACACCGUCGGAGAUACAAAGGGUUAGUCGUAGUAGUACCGAGAUCAGAUACUUCCCAAACAAGACUUUUUCCUCGGAAGCGCUGCGGGAGAUUGAAAGAAACAACAAAAUUUUGAUGCGAAAAAUCGUAUCAAAUACCAAGAGAAAGAACCAAUACAUUGCCCCUCCAAAAUGUGCUCCAGUCAAACUGAGCAGUGCUGCGAUUAACAGAAGAAGGUUAAACGAAAAAAUCGCACGAGACAAUCAAAUCCUUCUUAGGAAAAUCCAAAAUGCCAAACCGUGUUUGCAUCACAAGUAGUAUUUAUUUACACGUUUAUGCUGUAAGUGUUUUGUAAUAAACUAUUUUAAUCUU